AAACUCAUUUUAACCAGCAGUGCCAGUGUCGUCUUUGAGGGUGUUGACAUAAAAAAUGGAACUGAAGACCUCCCUUAUGCCAUGAAGCCCAUUGACUACUACACAGAGACCAAGAUCUUACAGGAGAGAGAAGUACUGGAUGCCAACAACCCUGACAAGAAUUUCUUAACCACAGCCAUUCGUCCUCAUGGCAUUUUCGGCCCAAGGGACCCCCAGUUAGUCCCUAUCCUAAUUGAUGCAGCUAGAAAGGGCAAAAUGAAGUUUAUGAUUGGAAAUGGGAAGAACCUAGUGGACUUCACCUUUGUGGAGAAUGUGGUUCAUGGACAUAUCUUGGCAGCUGAGCACCUAUCCCAAGAUGCAGCGCUGGGUGGGAAGGCAUUUCACAUUACCAACGAUGAGCCAAUCCCUUUCUGGACGUUCCUGUCCCGCAUGCUGACAGGCCUCAAUUAUGAGGCCCCCAAGUACCACAUCCCCUACUGGGUAGCCUACUACCUUGCUUUCCUGUUCUCUCUACUGGUGAUGGUGGUCAGUCCUCUCAUCCAAAUUCAGCCAACUUUUACACCAAUGCGUGUGGCACUGGCCGGUACGUUCCACUACUACAGUUGUGAGAAAGCAAAAAAGCUCUUCGGGUACCGGCCACUGGUCACCAUGGAUGAUGCCGUGGAAAGGACAGUGCAGAGUUUUCACCACCUGCGGAAGGGCAAGUGACGUGCCCCAAGCCCUCACCAAUAAGUUUUCUUCUCUCUUCUGAUGAACCAAUAUCCUUACUUGCAUUUCUUCUGAGCUAUGUGCCCCUUGCUGGUUAGAUGGUAGCAUGCCUGACUCCCUCCAUGAGGAGGUGACAACAACAGGAGGCAUUUUUCCCAGGAUAGCAUUGGCCUUAAAGCAGGCAGGUGCAUAAUCUACUGCUUUGGUCUUUCUCUCUCCUAACCCCUACUUCUCUCUCCCAUAUUGUUAUCAUGAAGACAACUCUGAGUAUACCAACAUUAAACUGAAAACCACAACAUUUUUUCAAGUUCUUAAAAGUUGAAGCAAAACAGAAAUUAUAAACACAGAAUACGACUUCAGAUAUACAUUUCAUGUGAUCACAGUAGAAUUGUUAGAAGUGUUGAUGACUGUACCCCCCAAUCCCCAAUCCCUAAGAAUAAAUCCACUCCUGGUUCCUUGCUGCCUUGCAUAC